AUGUCUGUCCCACGAGGAGCCAUCCAUGCAAAAUGGAUAGUGGGGAAAGUAAUUGGGACCAAAAUGCAGAAAACUGCCAAAGUGAGAGUGACAAGGCUGGUGCUGGACCCCUACUUGCUAAAGUUCUUUAACAAAAGAAAAACCUAUUUUGCCCAUGACCCCCUGCAGCAGUGUGUUGUUGGAGACAUUGUUCUUCUGAAAGCUCUGCCCGAGCGAAGGAGCAAACACGUGAAACACGAACUGGCAGAAAUUGUGUUCAAGGUUGGCAAUGUCAUAGAUCCCAUCACAGGAAAACCCUGUGCAGGAACCAGAUUCCUGGAAAACCUGUCAGAUUCUGAAAACCUGACUGAGGCAGAUACCACUUAUCUAAGUGAAAAACUGCAGGAACUUAAAGUUUGUUCAACAGACAAAUAGUGGGGGAAAUACUUCAAGCAGAGGGCUUCCAGCUUUUGUCUCUCUCUGUCAGGGAUGUUUGAGGCCCUGCUGUGAUAUGUUAAAUGUUUCAGUGAAAUCUGUAGUCAAAAUAAAUAGUAAAUGUAGUUGCUUAUGCAAAGAGAUGUUGCAGGUUGAUGGGUACCUGGAGCUUUGAAUGAAAAUACAGAGAAAAAUACAAGUUUAGUGUUCACACUUCAUUUUGUUGUCUGUAGUUUUGCCCCAGUGACAGCUCCCAAAGGCAGCUGCCCUCCUGGAAUGACCCCUCUGUGUUAAGACAAGACUACAACUGUAUGAUGUUUAAUUUUGGUGGGAGGGUCAUUAUAUUUUUUGAUUGUUCUGUAUUUAAGGCAGUCUUUUGUGGUUUGUAGGGUUACUGGAGAUGAUGCUAUUAAAGCUUUUGAAAGGAAGUGUAGAAUUUUAAAACCA